AUGACCAAGGACUUGGAAAAAGCUAAUUUGCACACAACAGUGUCUCCACGAGUGACUCUGGACUCCGACGCCGCCAAGCUGGCCCAUCUCGGCUACAAGCAGGAGUUCAACAGAAGCUACUCUUUCUUGGCGACGUUCUCGUUCGCCUUGUCGAUUUCUGGUCUCAUGGGAACCGUCGCCAUCACGUAUCUGUAUCCGCUGUGGGCCGGCGGCCCGGCCGCUGCGUCCUGGUCGUGGUUCAUUGGCAUGUUUGGCUGUCUGGCUAUCGCUUACUCGGUCUCCCAUAUCACCUCAUGUUUCCCAACCUGUGGUGGAAUGUACUAUGUGGUCACCCACGUCGUGCCGAAGAAAUACGUGCCUCUUGUCUGCUGGAUCGACGGGUGGCUGUACUUCAUCGGGGCCAUGGCUGGAGCGUGCUCGACCGAUUUCGGAGCUGCCACGCUGCUGUUGCAGACCGUUUCCAUGGCUUCCGACUACAAGUACGUGCCGACGGCAGGCCACAUAACCGGCGCGUCGAUCGCCGUGAUCAUCACCCACGGUCUCAUCAACUCGCUGCCAUCCUCCGUCCUCGCCAGAAUCACCAAAUACUACUGUUUCGUCAAUAUUGGCUCCGUCAUCGCCCUCAUCAUCACCAUGCUGGUCAAGUGCCCAAAAAUUAAUUCCAAAGAGUACGUCUUCACCAAGGUGAUCAACAACACGGGCUGGUCGCACGACGGUUGGGCGUUCCUCUUCGGCUUCCUGAACGUGUCGUGGGUGAUGACGUGCUACGACGCCACCUCCAGAAUGUCUGAAGAGAUCAGCAACGCCGCGUACACCACGCCGCUCGCCAUUGCGUCUGCACUGACCGUGACCGCGUUCCUUGGCUGGGUCCUCAACAUUGUCUACACGCUGUGCAUGGGCGACGACCUCGACGCGAUCCUCAACACGUCGUCCGGCCAGCCAAUCGUCCAGGUGUUCGACUAUGCCAUGGGCAGACAAGCUGCCACCGCGUACCUGGCUCUGUGCUUCGUUGUGCUCUGGUUCUGCGGCGCUGUCGCCGUCUGCUCCAUCAGCAGAUCGUUCUGGUCGUUCUCCAGAGACCGCGGCGUUCCGUUCGCGUCGUUCUGGUACAACGUCGACAAGACCACCGGUGUGCCGCUCAGAUGUCUGUGGAUGAUCACUCUCAUCAACUCGCUGCUGACCCUGAUCAACCUCGGAUCCUCGAUCGCCAUGAACGCCAUUUUCUCCGUCUGCGCCAUCGCCACCGACUGGUCGUACGUGCUGGUGAUUUUUUUCUUCAUGGUCAACUCGGAAAAGAUGGGGGUGUCGCCUGGACCAUUCAACCUGGGCAAGUUCGCCAAGCCAAUCAUGUUCUACGCCUGUGUGUGGACCGUGUUUGUCUCUGUCGUCUUCGUCUUCCCUAACUACAUGCCGGUCACCAAGGAAAACAUGAACUACACCGUUCUGAUGAUGGGAGCCGUGUUGCUCUUCUCACUGGUCUGGUACGCCCUGGACGCCAAAAGAUGGUACAAGGGACCAGUCGCCAACGUCGACGAGGAGUACGAGGGCAUUCUUGAGACUGUGGGCGACAACGGUUCCAGCGAGGAGUUCAUCCAGGAAAGCGAGCCGAAAGAUAGACAGGAGGCAUCCUAG